CGGAGGCCAGUCCGUUGUCGACACAGGCGGCGUCCACAUGAAGUACAUCAAGCUGCACAACGGCGCCAGCAUGCCGGCCGUCGGCUUCGGCACCUGGCAGGCCGGCGAGCAGGAGCUGGAGGCGGCGCUGGAGAGCGCGCUGGAGGCGGGCUACCGCCACAUCGACACGGCCUACGUGUACGACAACGAGCGCGCCGUCGGCCGCGUGCUGGCGCGGUGGCUGUCGUCCGGCCGGGUCGCCCGGGACGAGCUGUUCGUCGUCACCAAGCUGCCGCCGACGGGGAACCGCGCGGACCGCGUGGACAAGUACCUGGCGAGGUCCCUGGAGAACCUGCGGCUGGAGCACGUGGACCUGUACCUGGUGCACGUGCCCUUCGGCUUCCAGGAGCGCGGCGACGAGCUGCACCCGGCCGCCGAAGACGGCUCCAUCCUGGCGGAGCUGGACACGGACCACGCGUCCCUCUGGAAGGCGAUGGAGCGGCAGGUGGCGGCGGGGCGCGCCAGGGCCAUCGGGCUGUCCAACUUCAACGAGGCGCAGCUGGGGCGACUGCUGGCCGGCGCGGAGGUGCCUCCGGCCUGCCUGCAGGUGGAGAUGCACCUCUACCUGCAGCAGCGGCCGCUGCGCGCCUUCUGCGAGGCCAGGGGCAUCGCGCUGUGCGCCUACUCGCCGCUCGGCAGCCGCGGCACGUCCAAGCUGCUCGGCAAGGAGCUGCCCGACCUGAUGGGCGACCCAGCGGUGAAGGAGGCGGCGGCCAGCCACGGCAGGAGCCCCGCCCAGGUGCUGCUGCGCUUCGCCGUGCAGAGCGGGGUCGCCGUCAUCCCCAAGAGCACCAACCCGGCCCGCAUCAGGGAGAACAUACAGGUUUUUGACUUCGAGCUGACGGACGAAGAGAUGACCCGGCUCGCCGACCUUGACCGAGGACCCGCCGGCCGAAUUGUGGACUUCACUUUCUUGAAAGGAAUCGACAAGCACCCAGAGUUUCCCUUCUGAAGAUAGGCGAGCAGAUGCAAAUAUGAAACACGUCUUAUAGCACACACGUCGUGAAUUAUUGUUUGUAAUUGUAUAUUUAAUUUACCUUGCACUUUUUUUUAUUAUUCAACACAAAAGGUAAGCAAUUUUUAACUCUGAAAAUGUGCAAAAAUAUACUGUAAACGUGGUUAUGAAUAGGUAGUGUAAAAGUGAACCUUUUGUUUUCGUCACCUUUGUAACAUCAUUGUGCAUUUAUUUUUGUGUCUGGUGUUGUUUCAGAACGCAAUGUUAAAAAAAAAAAAACUUUUCUACA